AUGUCUUUCUUCUCUAAUCUCACCAACUCUGCCAACUUGGACACUUUCGCCCAGUCUGUCAAGACCUUCGGUGACAAGGUGUCGAACGAAUUCGGCGACAAGUUCACUAACGAUGUUCUUCCAUUCGCUCAGAGAACCCAGAUGUUGUUACAGGAAAAGAUCUCGGGCCAGGGUCAGGACGUCAGCGAAUUGCCACAGGAAUAUAUUGACUUGGAAAAGAGAAUCGAUACCAUUCGGUUUGUGUACGAGAAGCUCUUGUCGGUGACCUCCACCUACGAGAGCGAGGCGUACGACUACCCAGCCAACGCCAAGGAAACGUUCUCUGAAAACCUCAAGACUGUCAAUGACAAGUUGCAGAACCUCUCUGCAGUCACCAACUUGUCAGAUGCACAGGCGGUAUUGGUCUCCCCCGUGCCAAAGGGCGAGCCAAAGACCUUGAACCACGCCUUGGCUAGAGCUGCCACCGCCGGCUCUGACGCCUUGAGAAACAAUGUGGGUGCCCAGGACCCAAUCGCAGAGGGUUUGGAGACCUAUGCGCUCGCUAUGAAGAAGUUAGGCAAUGCUAGAUUGCAGCAGGACCAGUUGAUCCGUGCGCACUUCAACGAGCCGUUGCAGCAAGCACUCCGCACCCAGUUGUCGCAGGCCACCAAGGCCAGGCGUGACGUGGAAUUAAAGAGAAUGAGCUACGAUUCCGUCAGAAGUCAGUUGAAGCACGCCAGUGCCGACAGAGAGGCCGCUUUGAGAGUCAAGUUGGAAACCUUGGAAGACGAGUUCGCUAACGCCACCGAGGAUGCGGUCAGUGUCAUGAAGAACGUUAUUGACGGCUCCAAGCCAUUGAACCAGUUGGUCGAGUUGGUUAAUGCGCAAUUGGCCUACCACACCUUGGCUGUCGAGAUCUUGGGUGGCACCUUGCCAGACUUGAAAAGCUUGAAUGAGGGCUCCGCAUCCGUUCCGACCGCUGGCUCUGCUGAAGAUGCAUACAAUACCCAACGCCAGGACUUGUUCGGCAACCUACAACAGACAAACAAAAUUACUCGUUCCGAAUCACCGUACGGCGAUGCUUCGAUCGAUUCCAUUCGCAACCAGCAGAUUCAGCAGUCCAACUUGGAGUCGCAGUCGGAGCAGGAGGUGGGGGAAAUGAGUGACAAGCUAUCGAUAUUGAAGAGCUUGUCGAACCGCCUUGGCGACGAAAUCCACAAGUCUAACUUGAUCAGCGAAGACUUAACCUCUAACAUGGACUCCAUGGGAAAGAGCUUGAAAAUGACGUACAACCGCAUGAUGAUCAUGAGCAAGAAAGCCGGGGUAGGCUGGAAGACGUGGUUGGGAUUCUUUUUUAUUGUGUUUUUAUUUUUCUUCUGGUCAUGGAUAUUUUAG